AUGUCGGUAGCGGCUACGACAGGGCAGAGCUCUCUGAUGCAGUGGAUCCUACAAAGUGGAGUCCCAGUGGAGACGAAGGAUCCUCAGGGCCAGACUGUCUUGCAUCACGCCGCCAGGUAUGGUCAUGUGUCCACGGUGCAGCUACUACUAGAGAAUGGAGCUCAGGCUAACGAAAGAGACGAUAAAGGGCAAACAGCCCUGCAUCUUGCUACUGGUGUGAACAUGAGCGAU